AAAGAAAAAGGAGUAAAUUAGCAAAUCAAUAAGUUUAAUAGCUUAUUUGCUUCAAUAAAAAUUUAGGGGUUUAAUUGAAAAUCAUCAAGAUUCUUGACCAUCCUUGUUACUCUAGCUUUCAGUUCUUGUGUGUUUUGCUCUUCUAUGACAUAAGAGCUCCAACACGAGUUGCAGAGGUCAAGCAUGAAGUGCAGAGCUCCAACACGAGCUGCCGAGGUCAACCAUGAGCUGCAGAGGCCGAGCACGAAGUGCAGACCUCAAGUACGAAAGCUCAAACAUGAGCUGCCGAGGUCAACUACGAGCUAUAGAGCUCAAACACUUGCUGCCAAGGCCGAGCACGAAGUGAAUAACUCAACCACGAGCUGCAGAGCUCAAACACUUGCUGCCGAGGUCGAGCACGAAGUGCAGAACUCAACCACGAGCUGCAGAGCUCAAACACGAGUUGCCGAGAAUUCAACCACGAGCUGCAAAGCUCAAACACGAGUUGUCGAGGUCAACCUUAAGCUGCAAAGGUCGAGCACAAAGUGCAAGGGUCGAGCACGAAGUGCAGAGGUCAAACAUGAGCUGUCGAGGUCAACCAUGAGCUGCAGAGCUCAAACACUUGCUACUAAGGUCAACCACGAGCUGCAGAGCUCAAACACUUAUUACCGAGGUCAGCCACGAGCUGCAGAGGCUAAGCACGAAGUGUAGAACUUGAACACAAGGUGCAGAGGUCGAGCAUGAGCUGAAAGGUGUGCAGCAUGAGUUGCAAGGUGUCAACACCCUCAACAAGGUGCUGAUACUUUUCCUGCAUCUGUCCCGAAGAGUCCGUGUCGGGUUUUUGUCCUUCUCUGCAAAUUCUAUUAACGGUAAAAUUACAAUCCCAACCCCUUACUUUUGGAUUCUGCACAAUUUAAUCCUCAAAUUUCAUUUCUUUGCAAUUUACUUCUAAGGAUGGUGACUUCUUCCAAUUAAGUCAUUUCCAGCAC